UUGUGUCAGCUGUCAUCGCGGGAAUUGAUUGAAUCGUUGAAUUAUUUACAGACAGACUAUCAUAUUUUAUUGAAACACACUAAUUUUGUUACAGGAAAUGUGUAAAAAAAAUUGAACAUUGUAUUUGUUAAUUUUUAUUUAAAAACAGUAUUAAUAAAUUGUAAUAUUUAACGAUGUUUGAGUGGGCCUAUAGUGGUGCUAACAGAGCCGUUCCCCGAAAUGUGGGGCCCGAGUGCGCAUAUUUUUUAUCGUAUAAUAGGCAAAUAAUUGAAACAAUUAUAGUUACUGCAUUGUGCUCAUACAUUUUAGUAAAAACUUAUCCAAAACUGGUUUUACCACAUGAUGAAACAUAUAUUAAAAGUGACCGGGGCGGCAAGAGAUUGCUCGUCAUACUUUUGGCCUUACUAUGGGGAAUGGAGAUUGGAUUUAAAUUUGCAUCUCGCACUGUAAUAUAUUUGUUGAAUCCAUGUCAUGUUACAACAUUAAUGCAAAUAUACUUGUUGGCUGCACCACCCAGCAGGACAGUGACUGCAGUGUUUCGCAUACACUUAAACUUGUUAAAUGGGCCUCUGUUAGCUUUUUUAUUUCCUGAAACAGCAUCCCGACAGAUCCCCGCUGAGGCUGCCCUGUACUGGAUACAACAUGGCAUGAUGUGUGUAAUACCAUACUAUCUAUUAAGAAUUGGAGGUGUGUACAAUGUAGAGCCACUUGGUGAUUUCAAUUGGGCAAUUGUUAGUUACUGCCUUAAUAUGUUGUAUCACUUCAUAAUUCUACAAGCUAUAGCAAUACCGGCUCAAGUGAACCUGAACCACAUGAUCUGCCCGGCGCUGUUGGACCCGUUCGACGGGCCGUGGUACCGCGUGGCCGCCGUGCUCCACCAAGCCGCGCUCUGCCCCCUCCUCUGCAAGGCCUACUGCCUCGUCGCUGACUUCUGUCUCACCAAGUUCCCGCCCACGAAGGUCAAACAACAACUCAAUGAAUUACUCCAGGACAAAAAGACAGACGACAAAAAAGACUUGUAGGUGCGUGUCAAAUUCUUUUUGUGGCGUUCUUAAGGUAAAGGUACCACGUAGUCGGUUUUCGGUGAAGACGAUUUCUAACCACUGCGAUCAUGUCAUAACUCUUUAUUAGUAAAAAUGCGCGAAACAAUUUACAAUUGUAAUUUUUAAGUGAAAAUUCACACAAUGACAUAACAUGACUGUUAGAGGCGAAUCGUCUUAUUUGCACCUUUUAUUAGUCUUGCAACGCUUUAAUAACAUCCGUCCGUGGUACCUCUUUGCCUAAAAACGACACUUUUAUGGCUGUAACCCCUUUCAGGGUAGCUAGAAUCUCUGUGAAGUUGCCUAAUGUAGUACCUAAAGAACAAUAUUUCAUCGCGUCCAUUUCGUUUGGGUGAUUAUUGUUGAUAAUAAGCUAAAUAAUUAAUAAAUCAUGAUCUCUUAUAAUAAAUAGGGAGGCCAAAGAGUGGGACUGAAUGCAAACGACAAGCUAUGUCGUUGUUCUUGGUGUGGUAUAAUUCGUAAUCAACAAAAUAGACGUCGUCAUUUUACAAAGCAAUACUUUUCUCAUCAAGACCUACUUGUACAUUGUGCUAUAAAAGCGACAUAAACAAAAUUGUUAAUUAAACGAGGGAGGAAGGUAGGUAGAAAUCCAAUGCCUAAAGAGCAAAAGUUGUUUAGACUCUAGUUUAGGGGGCAGUCCUCAGAUAUUUUAACUUGGAAACAAUCGAAUGCUUGUCGUUGUAUCUCCGAUUCAGACUGUAAAAACCGAGAUUGUGCUAGUUUCUUCAACUUGGCCUCUAGUUUUUUAAUGAAGACAAUUCACGGACUAUAAAUCUAGCUUGUUUAGGUAGGUAUUAUUUUGUUACGUGUUAAAGUUUGAACUAUCAGGUAAUGUAAGUCAAAUUAUACUUAGUAAUGUUUUGAACUUAUGAGCUCGGACGAAACUAAUUGAGUGAAUAGUUAUAUUAUAUCUGGAGUGAUUGCAUUAAUGUACAUGCAGCCAUCUUCAAUAAUAUCUGACUCUGUCGGUAUAAAUCCAUAAACGUAUAUAGGUAUUAUAUUUUUAUUUAAAAGUCACUUCAUCGGAUGCAGAUGAAAAACACAACAGAGUUACUAGUACCUAAAUAGUGUAACAGUAUUAAAUUAGGUACCUAAUAAAAUAAGUCUCAUUAUUAGGUAAGUAUCUUGAUGGCGUUCUCAUAGCUCCCGGUCAAUCCAUACAAAAUCGUGUCAAACGGGCGCAAUGAAGAACUCUAUUUAUAUAAUUUACUCUACCUACCUAUUAUUUACUUACCUAUGAAGAAAGAGUUGAACAAGUGAAAGAGUUUGUGUAUCUGGGAACCUUGUUCACUAGGGACGGUAAGCAUGAUAAAGACAUUGAAAGGAGAGUGAAUGCUGGAAAUCGUGUGAAUGGGGCACUUAACGCUUUUAUGAGCAGCCAGAAGGUGUCGCAAAAAGCACGGUUGGCUGUUCAUAGAGGGGUGUUGGUGCCUACACUUAUGUAUGGUAUUAGCGAAAGUUGGGUAUGGCAGAAGAGGCAUCAGAGCCAAGUGAAUGCAGUGGAAAUGAGAGCGCUGAGAAGUGUGUGUGGUGCGAGAUUGCAAGAUAGAAUUAGGAACAGUGUGAUAAGGGAAAAGUGUGGACUGAAUGUAGAUGUAGUGACAAA